AUGUGCUGGUUGAUUAACUACCUACAUCUGUGGGAUGGUAAUAUUGGAACCGACUUCAAGACCGGGGAGGUUUACAUAUUCGAUGCCAUCUCCUACUACCCGCACAACGAAAUGGAAAUUGCGAUAUGGCGGUCACUUCCGGAUAGUGUUGUCGGUUCCGGGGUGUAUCUGAAGACGUAUCUUGCUCAAAUGGGUAUAAGUGAGCCUGCGGAGCAGUUUGAGGAUCGUCAUAUGCUGUACAGCGCUUGCGCUGCUUUGCAUGCGGCCGCCUGCCACGACAGGUCUAGUGCCCACGAGGAGUCAGAAUGGUACAAUUCAGAUGGUGGAAUUUCGAUUCGAGCUGACAUAAUUAGGUGUUAUGAGAAGCUGCUCAAAAAGUACCAACCACAUCUCCGGAAUGACGGCUGGGACGAGACCAGGCGUGGAUAG